AUGCACUGCCCUGCCCUGCCCUGCCUGCCCUGCCCUGCACUGAACAUGAGUCCCUGUGCCUCGAGUCCAUCUGCGCAAGCAGCAUGCGAGAGGGAUCCGGAUCCUGCCUGUCGUGCACCGCGCACCGUCGGACAGCGCGCACGCGGACGCCCUCGGGACGAAUGGGAGGGACGGGUCGGCGAGGUGCCAGAGGUCGGUGGUCGGUGGUCGGUGGUCGGUGGUCGGUGGUCGGUGGUCGGUGCCCAAGCAGAUGAUCUCAGCCCUAAUCGCCGAGGCAAAGUCGCUGAUCAACCCCCCGCCCCCCGGCCCCCGUCCGCCCGCCCGCUAGCCAACCCAGCAAGUCCGAAUUCUCGGUCAGCGCUGUGCUCAUCGUCGUCGUCGUCGUCGUCGUCUUCAUCUUCGGGCCCUCGUCGGGCCCAAGUCGGUCUGGUGGUCACAGGACAAUGA